CGAUAAGAAUAUGAUUGGCAAUUCGUGUUCAAAUCAAAGUAUUCAUUUAUUGUUAACCAUCAAGUAAAAUUUAAUAAAACCUUUCAUUUUUGUGUUUAUUGUCAAUGGUUAUGGAAGUAUUUCUAAUAACAAACAACCAAUAUACUUUUUAUGAAAAUUCAGCGUAAUUGUUUCAUAGUUUCAACAAUACGUCAAUCUUAUGUAUGAAUCUCAAUUGAGCGGUUCGAAGAAAUAAUAAAUUAUUCCAUUUUCCUUGUUUAAUGUUCAUUAUUUAACAUCGCAAUGAACAUGUUUAUUGUUAUUAUAACAAUACAGUUUUUUAAUCGUACGACAUGGUCCGGCCCGACGGGGGAAAAUGUUGUUCAAAUGGAGGACGGAAGCACGUGACAACUUUUUAUAACGACAACAGGAGGCGCUGCAUUCGUGGGUCAGUAAAGGUCGCGUUGCCGGCCGGUGGCGGUAGAUAACGAGACCAGACGCGACACAGACACUACACGGCAGUGGUCGCGGCAGUAUUAUCGCAGAGGGAGUGAAAAACGCUCAUAAAAAAAAUACAGACAAACCUCACGCCUGUACAGCAAUUUUCGGUUGCACUCCGACGCCACCAGUUGAUUCGCGUGUUCUAAAUUGGACGCCGGUCCCAUACCGUCGCCGCCGUCAUCGGUACUCAGUUCAAAUUGUAACAGACGCAGUGAAACACAACGUGCGUCCAAUAUCGCCGCCGUCACCUGUACGUGAUUGACACUGAGAAUACUUCCAAUUGGCCUGAAAACCACAAUUUUUUUCGAAAGAAAUGCAGUAAUGGGCCUAAAAAGUAUGCAAGCGUUCACUGUAUUAUGUAUUUUGAGUAGUGCAACUGCAUUUGCCACUUCAUGUCCGAACUCAUGCAAAUGUUAUACUACAGACAACGGUAUAUUAGCGGCAAACUGUACAGAAAUACCGACUCAAACAUCCAACGACGUAUGGCCUCAAAAAAUUCUACAAAUACAUUUCAACAGUGGUCAUUCUGCUCCUAUUAUGUUAAAAAACAAAGCGUUUAAACACUUUCCUCGUCUUACGUAUCUUGAAAUCGCUGGUGGCACGAUUAGGUACGUAGGAAGUCGUGCUUUUGAUGGAUUAUCGGAGUUGGUGGAACUAAAUCUCAUUGGUACGGGUAUAAGAAAAUUAGAUCGUAAUACGUUCAUUGAGAAUACUAAACUGACGUUUUUAUCUUUAAAGAAAAACGUUGGUAUAUUUAUGGGGCCUUCAUUUUUGAUUUCCAAUUCUUUGAAUGACUUAGACUUAUCAGAAUGUGGACUAAAAAAUUUGAAAAAUGUGUACUUUGAUCGUUUACCUAAUUUAAAGUAUUUGUCGGUCAGUAAAAACAAAUUAACUAACCUGGGUUAUCAAUUCGGUCCAUCAAAUUUAAAAUACGCGAAUCUAGCUCAUAAUCAUAUAGCCUUUAUUAAUGAAGAUCUAGAAUCUUACAAACGUCUGAGAACAUUAAUUCUAACGGGCAAUCCUAUCAACUGUUCUUGUGAACUAGUACAAAAGGAUCGAAAACUGGCUGCACGUGGCAUAGACUUUGGAAAUACAAUUACAUGUGAAAAUAACGGCAGACCUUUAAAUGACAUGGUGGAAGCAUGUUUAGAUAAAGACAUAAUGGGUGAUGAUCCGGACGUUUUUAAAGCUGAAGAUUUAUUAAAAAUUGACAAAAAUGCUUUGCCAGCAUCGGACGAGUUAGAAGAUUUGGGAUCAGGAUCUGGCAGUGGUGAUGGUGAUUUACUUGUUGAUCUAAACAAAAAAUAUUAUUCGGGUACUGAUAGUGUUCAAGAUAAUAAUAAAAUUGAUACUACAGCUCUACCUAUUAUCCCACAGACUAUUGAAACCUUACCAAAAAAGACUGAAGCUGAGGAUCAAUUAACUCAGUCAACUUUACUCGAAAACUCAAAAAAUAUACAAAAUAAAAUUGAAGACAACGACGUACUUACUGCUCUAACUGAAAAUAAUAUGAACGUAUCAAGUACUAGUGAAAUUUAUAUUCAACCAGAAAUUGUGUUAGUUCCAACAACUAGCCCGAGCCCAACAUUGAAAGAAAUCGAAAUAGUUACUGAAAAAACUAAUUCGUAUUCUGAAGUUGUCAAUAAUUCUCUUUUGUUUUCAACUGCUGGAGAAAUAACUACAAGCUCAAAUCCAAUAUUGACAGAAAUUAGAAAAGCUAAUAAAUUCCCUGAAUUAACCACUGAAACUCCUUCUUCGACUAUUGAUAGUAACGUCGGAUUAGGCCGAGGUAUUGUGCCUCAAACAAUACAAGCGCCAGAAGAUGAAGAAAACAUGAGAACGAAAGUUGCUGACUAUUUGAAAUCAAACACAGGUAUAACAGCUACUGCAGCUAUCAUGGCCAUUUUAAUUAUUGCUAUAGUAUAUAAAGCUGUGUGCUCAGGAUUCAAAAGAAAUAAUUGUCCAAUUAAUAACGAAAAAAAUGUUGAACUCAAAGAAAUCAAGUACAUGCCAGCCGAUACUGAAGAUUUACAUAAUAGAUCAGAUGACUCGCCUUCAGGGUCAGUAGAAGAAAAUUUGAUAGAAGACCAUGAUAGUGAUGACGAUUACAGUAUCAGCGAAGACGUUUCACAAUCUAGAAAAUCGCCAACUGAAAAAAGUCUUACUCCAAGUACUUUUGAUGAUGAAAAACGUCAUGAUGAACCAAUUACGAUAUUCCCCACCAAUCAAGAUGGCCCUACCAAAGUAAUAGUAAAACUUAUCGAAACCCCUAAAGCACAAAAACCUAUCUGCAUAAACAAUUUUACAGGAGUUUAAAAUUUAAACGAUGCCAGUAAAAUCAAAAAAUGACUCUUAACUACUUUGUUAUUUGUUGGAGACUAUUAUUCGCGUUUAGUGAAUUAUUCAAAUGUUUUAUUAUCCUAUAUAAUUUUGGUUCUUAUAUAAGUAUUCCAUCUAAAGUUAUCUAUGAUAAUUAUAAUUUUUACAUUUUUAAUUUUAAAUGUUUGAAUUAAAAAUAAUUUUAUUCAAUAUUUGAUGUGCAAUAAAACUUUAAAAAAAGCCAACUUAACUUGGCAGAAGUAUUGUUACACAGCAAAAUAUUAUAUUCAUUAUGUCUUGUGUACUAAAUUAUAUUAGAACCAAAAUUAUAUUGACCAAUUGACACCUUGAAUUAUUAAACAAUUUUUUUUAUGUUAACCAUCGCCAAAUAUCAACUCUAAAAGAUUUGUUAUUACUCAUUUUAUAUCUACCUGUUUAAAUGUUUAGUAUUAUUAUUUAUUGUUUUAAUUAUUAUAAACUUUAUUUUUAACGAUCUGUAACUAACUUUAGAUAGAAAUGUAAAUUAUUUUUAUGUAUGUAUGUAUACCUAAUAUUAAGUGAAUUUGUUGUUGUAUAUAAGUAUAAAUAUAUAAAGUACACGAGUGUCCAUAUUUUACUGAACCAUAAAAUAAAAUUUUAUGUAUA